UACUUAAUUAUGAACUGUUGCCAACACUGACGCUGGAAAGGUUGUUAUCCUCUGUGCUGUUCAGUCACACUUUUGUAAUUUCUUGACAUCAGUUUGCUAAAGACGGGACUCCAGGGCAUGAUUGCUCUCCUCUUUAGUGUUGCAGUUAGGUCACUGGUCCAACUUUGUGUUGAAGUGAAAUGUUCUCUCCAUGACAGUUGAAUGAUAAAUUCUGCUUUAUUUUCCUGUGUUCAAUUUUAGAAAAGUAUCUUUUGCAGUGGUAUCCAAACGUUUGGGCACCCCUAGUGAAAUUGUAUGUUUUGUAUAAUUUCUCUAAAUUAAAGGAGGUUUUAAAAACCCCUGUCAGGUACCCACUUAACAUAUUUCUGUAAUAGCGUGAGUAUAUCACCACUUUAAUAUUGUACAUGGAUUGAAACAUAUAUUUGAAUGAUCCGUAACAUCUUCAAUUUUCAGAAUGAAAGUAAGCCAGUACAGAUGAUGGAACAGACAGGCAACUUUGGUUUGGCGUUCAUUCCGGAGGUCGAUUGUCAGAUUCUGGAGAUGCCUUACAUUGGUAAAGAGCUGAGCAUGCUCAUUAUUCUGCUCAGAGAGAUUGAGGAUGACUCCACAGGGCUUGAGAGGUUGGAAAGGGAGCUCACAUACGAGAAAUUAAUUCAGUGGACACAGCCUGACAUGAUGAAGAGUGUUGUGGCAACUGUGGCUUUGCCCAAGUUUAAGAUGGAAGAGACCUAUGACCUGAGAGAUAUUCUGGUCAGUAUGGGGAUGGAGGAUGCCUUCGAUGAGUCAAAAAGCGACUUAACUGGCAUUUCUUCCAGCACUAACCUAGUGUCCAAAGUGGUGCACAAGGCCUUUGUGGAGGUGAACGAGGAGGGCACAGAGGCUACUGCUGCCACUGCUGACAUCAUUAUUGUUGAAUGUGACAUGCUUUACCAAAAUCGUUUCAUCGCAAACUAUCCCUUCCUGUUCUUCAUCAGACACAACCCCACUCAGAGCAUCCUCUUCUAUGGCCGGUUCUGCUCCCCUUGCAGUCUUAAACUCUGCAGUUUCCAGUUAUAAGCAGGAGUCUAAAGAAUGACUGUCUGCAUGUUAAAUGGCUCUGCAAUGCUGUUUGCCUUAAAAUAAUAUUUCAUUGUUAUCUGCUUCUCAGAGCUUAGACAAUCCUGCUGCAGUGCAUUUCUUUCAUUCCUGUCCAUUGUAUCCUCUUUGAAGAUUAAUACUGGCUUAAGACCAUUGCUUCCUUUCUGUUCAU